AGACCUGAGCUGGAACUACAUCAAGUUUAUUCACCCUGAAGCCUUUGUGACCCUGCACUCGCUCACCAAGCUGGACUUGACUGAUAACCGGCUGGUCGCGCUGCCUCUGGAUGGUUUGGGUGGACUGACCCAUCUGAAGCUCCAAGGCAACCCGGCUCUCUCUGAGCCCUUCACCAAGGAGAGCUUUCCCAAAAUUAGAGUCCUCGAGGUCCCUUACGCCUACCAGUGCUGUGCCUAUGGAAGCUGCAGCAGCCUCUUCAAGAUGUCCAACCAGUGGGAGGCAGAAUACAUGAGCCCUGACGAGGAGGAUCCCCACAAGAGGACCAUGGAAUUGUUUCCAGGUCAUGCUGACAAUCACUAUGACCUAGAUGCAGAUGAUCUCCAGCUGGACCUUGAGGAAUCAAAGCUGCACCCCACCAUUCAGUGCACGCCGAGCCCCGGUCCCUUCAAGCCUUGUGAUCACUUGUUUGAGAGCUGGAUGAUCCGCCUGGGGGUCUGGGCCAUCGUCCUGGUCUCGGUGCUCUGCAACGGGGUGGUCAUUCUGGCCGUCUUUGCCUCCCCCAGCUACCUGUCUCCAGUCAAGUUCCUCGUGGGCUGCAUCGCGGGGGCCAACCUGCUGACGGGGGUGUCCUGCAGCAUGCUGGCUCUGCUCGACGCCCUCACCUACGGCCGCUUUGCCCGCUUCGGGGCCAGGUGGGAGACGGGCGCCGGCUGCAGGGUGACCGGCUUCCUCUCCGUGUUUGCCUCCCAGCUGGCCGCCGUGCAGUGCAGCAUUUCGGCCUCCUGCGUGCGGGGCUACGGCAAGUCACCUUCCCUGGGCAAGGUGAAGGCUGCUGCCCUUUGCUGCCUGUUGCUGUCCUCCGUGGCUGCCGUUCUGCCUCUCUUCUCCAUCGGGGAGUACGGAGCAUCCCCUCUCUGCCUCCCAUACCCCAUCCCGGAUGGGAAUCCCGCCACCCUGGGCUUCACCGUGGCCUUAGUGAUGACCAACAUGCUCUGCUUCCUGACCAUCACGGGCACCUACAUCCGACUCUACUGCAGUUUGCUGAAGGGGGAGUUCGGCGCCGUCUGGGACUGCGCCAUGGUCAAGCACGUGGCCUGGCUGAUCUUCACCAACUGCCUCCUCUACUGCCCAGUGGCCUUCCUCACCUUCUCCUCCACACUCAGCCUCUUCCUCAUCACCCCAGAGGUCAUCAAAUCCGUCCUUCUUGUGGUCCUGCCCCUGCCCGCCUGCCUGAACCCCUUGCUCUACCUGCUCUUCAACCCCCACUUCAGAGAUGACCUCCGCCUGCUGAGGCAGAAGGGCCAGGACAAGGGGAGCUACUCCCAGUCCUGCGGGGUCGGUGACAUAGAGAAAAGCUCCUAUGACUCCACCCAGGCUCUGGUGAGCUUCUCUGACAUCGACCACAUCUUUGAGACACCCGAUUCCCUGGGAGUGCACCCCAUCCUCGACAGCUACAGCUUCCCCUCCAUGACGCUCGUCCCCUGCCAGCAAAGGGUGGGCACCAGAGGGAAGGAGAGGGGCUUCUCUGAGCAUUGUCCCUGCCUCAGUGACAGUGAG